UGGCCUCAUGUUUCAGGAGCACACCUACUGUGAAGCAUGGAAUGUGCUUCCAGGAAGGGUGUUAAGAAUCUGUGUGAAGCGACCAGGGCCGGCGACACCAGGGCCGGCGGAGGCUGCGCACGCGAUCCCGGCCUUCCCCAGCUCGGCUGGCCCUGAGGUCGCUCGCCCACCCGGCCGCCAUGGCCGAGAAGGACUUCGCGGGGGAGCCGAGUCCUGCCUGCGUGGCGGCCUCCGCAGCGGGCCUGGAGGACCCGGACUCGCCUGGGACCCCGGAGUCCAGGGACUACGACAGCAGCUGCGUGUUCUGCCUCGUGGCAGCCGGCCAGGAACCCGACACUGAACUCUUGCACUGCGAGAACGAAGACCUAGUUUGCUUCGAAGAUAUCAAACCAGCGGCGCAUCAUCAUUAUCUUGUGGUGCCAAAGAAGCAUAUUAGAAAUUGCAAGGAACUAAACCGAGAUCAAGUAGAAAUGGUUGAGAGCAUGGUAGCUGUUGUUUCCAACAUUCUUGAGAGGAAUAAUUUCACCGAUUUUACAGAUGUGAGAAUGGGUUUCCAUAUGCCACCAUUCUGUUCCAUUUCUCAUCUGCACCUUCAUGUCAUAGCACCAGUGAAACAGUUUGGCUUCUUAUCAAAAUUGAUUUACAAACCAAAUUCUUACUGGUUUGUCACAGUUGAUCAUUUGCUUGAAACACUAAGAAAGUAAAAAUGCAAACCAUGGACAAGUUCCUUAACCUACAGUUAAGCUACAGUUUUGCUCUCUUUGGAGUCUAACUGCACUCUGAAGGUUUGCUGCUAUACACAGCACUACAACUGAAGAGCCUUACAGUUUCCUUGAAUGUCUGUUUUUCAGAUCUGUAAUACAGUUGAGUACUGAGUCACUGAUUUCUUUGUUUUGAUCUUACCUAUGUAAGGUUUUACACUUGAGAUACUGUAACUAAAUGUUUGUUUAGCACAAAUCCUGCUAAUCAAGAUGCACUGUAUAUUUUUCAAAGUUCAGGUUUCAUUUGUUAGUAGUCUUAAUAAUAAUUUAUGAUGAGUAAAUUGGCAUAGAAAAUUGAAACCUUUUUACAGUGAAGGAGAAGAAAUUAGAAAUCUUACGAUAGUUUUAUAGUCUUACACAUACAUUUUCAAAGUAAAGAAUACCAUGCUACCAAUAUUCUGAUUUGAUUAUAGAAACAUUUAUAUAUGUGUCACUUUUUACUGGUUUCAGACACACACAGCACACACACACACACACACACACACACACACACACUCAUAUAAUACAUUAGUUUCCGUUAGCUAUAGGGAAGAUAUCCUCUGAGUCUCUCAGUGAGUACCUGAAACCCAGGAUAAUACCAAACUAUAAUGUAUCCUCUGCUUUUUCUUUAUGUGCAUACCUUAGACAAAUAGUUUAUAACAGGCAUAGUAAGAGAUUAAUGACAAUACUAAUAAAGCAGUUAUAAAAAAGGUACAAUUAAAAUACUGCUAAUGUUCUUGGUUGUGCAUUGUUGUUAAAUUAAGUUGACUACAACUACUAUGAUGCUGUGACAGUUGAUCUGAUUACUCUAAGUGGGUAAUGCAUACAGACAGUGUGGAUGAUUUGUAUCACAGGUGAGAUAGAGUGGAAUGGUGUGAAAUUUCAUUUUUCUGUUCAGAAUUGAAUACGAUUUAAGAUGUA